AAAAAAGAGCUGAUAAGCAAGUGUGAUUAAUUAGUAAUAAAAAAAGGAGAACGCAGGGAUGGCUGUGAAACUAUUAAAUUACACCCGGUGCCAAAUGCGCUGCUUCGUUUAUGGAACGCUGCAUAAUUUACAUUGGUGAGAAUGCCAGUGAGUGUGCCAAAACCAAUGCUUUUCUGAAUUUGACCAAGGACGCAUUGGUGAAGUUGAUAUCCUCUGAUUACUUUUGUCUCGAAGAGGAGGACGUCUGGCGUUGCGUGCUCGCCUGGGCUAAGAAUCAAGCUGGCGUCACACAACCCACCGCACAUUGGACUGAGGAGGAACGUGCACGCGUUUGUCAACACCUAUCGGGUGUGAUGUGUCACGUACGUUUGCUGUUAAUCGAUAGUCAAGUAUUCGCAGAGGAGGUUGAGCCUACUGGUGCUGUGCCUAUGGAACUGUCAUUGGAACGUUAUCGUUAUGCAGCUCUACACUCCAAUAAAACUGGUGGCAGUGGUAGUGGUGUUGGCGUUGGUGGGGGUUCGAUGAUGCCAUCUGUACCGGGUAUGACGGAGGAUGAUAAGCGUUUGCAGCCGCGCUUAACAGUCAAUAUGUUCCCAGGAUCGCAAUUGUUGCGGAAUGAUAAACUGUAUUUACAAAGCGUACUGAAUGGGUGGUAAGUAAUUGCCACCGUAAGAAACUUAAAAAAAGAAUAAAUUUUG